GUUGGUCUCAUGAUUGCGUUUUGGCGGCUCUGUGGCGACCAGGUCUCCGAUUAUCGCCCACUAAACGCUAUAAUCUGCACAAGACUUUGGAUAGCGUUUACCUUGGCUACUAAGUCGUUUCCUCCGUUUUUCCUCGUCACUGGUCAGUUUACAUCAGCCAUCGGCCCUUGAAACAUUUGCUUCACUCAAUUCGCAAAAAAGUGGCUCUAUUAUCUCAUUCCUCGUCACAUUGAUGUAAUGUCAAAUUUACAUCAUACACAAUUCAGCAGAAACAAUCAGGCACUAUCGAUGCGGUAGAUCAAAUACUUAAGCGGACGAUGACUGGCGAACGAUGUGAGCUUUCCGGAUCAUUCCAUCAACACAACUCUAGCAACAAAGCUUGGGGACAUCUAUCACCAAGAAACCAUCACCAACUAUCAGCCUACGAAUCAUAAACUCAAUCCAUACCUUGUAACUCUUUCAUCCACGCAAAAUGUCAGUCAACCGCAACGUCGAAUCCAUCAACCAUAAGCAGGGCGAGUUCCACCCCAGCGUUCCUCGCUCAGAACCCCUCACAACCAAAGGCCACGCCCCAGGCACCAAAGUCGGCAACGACGCGUACCCCGAGUUCCACGCGCAAGCAUACCCCGCCGGCACAGCACCAAAAGAGAGCACCUUUCAGCCGCAGAACGCGCAAGAGAAUCCCGGCCAGGCCCUGAACCCCGAAGCCACUGCGUAUAUGGCCGCGCACGAUUUCCCGGGUGCCACAAGUGGAGACGUCCACACUGGGUUGGGUAAGCCUAUGCAGGGCCAGACCAGCGCUGAGCUGCACGGGUCUAAUCUCGGUCGCCGUGACAAGGAAAGCGCUGGACUUGAGGGAGUUGGAGCUUUUAGCAAGCACAAUUUUAGGGAGCGGCGGCUGGAUGUUGAUCAGGAGCCUAAUCUUCGUGGCAAGACGAAGGAUGCUUCGGAUACUCUCGGUGCGGAAGAGAAAUUACCUGUGUCGGCUGAGGAGGUUGCCAGCCAGCGUCGAUAAAUUAGCGACUUUGGUUCUAGCACUGUACUGUUGCGGGCAUGUAUGAUAUCCCCAUGAAAUGAUACAA